GAAGACCUAGCUAACCGCCUCAAAGGAUUUUCUUUGUCGGCAGCAGAGGCCUUAGUCACAGACAUCGAGCAAGUUGAUAUCCGGCGAAGUUCAGAAGAAUGCCGACGUAGUCUAUUCGGGAAGGUGGUUGGUGACCGCCGUGCUAGCUGGAUUGGUAUAAAGCGUACGAUGAAUAAUAUAUGGAAGCUGCAGAAACCAAUGGAUAUUAAGGAGCUGGAACCUAAUUAUUUUCAGUUCAUCCUCCAAAAUAGGGAAGAUUUGGAAAAAGUUGCAAGCGGUACCAACUGGAUUUAUGAUAACCAAUAUUUGAUUCUCCGUGAAUGGGAGCAAGGGUUAAAUAGCCUGCACAAGGGAUUCAAUGAGUUGCUGCUCUGGGCACAGGUAACUAACCUUCCCCUUGACUGGCUUAGUGCUGAAGUUGGGCUUAAAAUAGGGAAGGCAUUCCCGGAUGUCAAGAAUGUUCUAGUUCAAAACAUAAGCCCUCAUGGCGGUAAGAUGUUAAAGCUUCUGGUUUCUAUCAACCUCGGCGAACCUCUACCAAGAUGCACAAACAUUAGGAUGGGGGAUCAAAUUGCUACAGUGGGGUUCCAAUAUGAGAGGCUUGUGAGUCUUUGCUAUUACUGUGGAGUCAUUGGACAUCUGGACAAAAGCUUCAAGAAAAGGCUUGAAGACAUUAAAAAUCAAGCUCUGAAAGAGGGGCAAUAUAGAGAGUGGCUCAAGACUGAAGAUAUCAUACUUGGGACUUAUGCUAGUCCUUCAAGUUCUAGACAAUCUCCAUUUACUAGUCAAGCUCCUGCAACAGUCAAUUCAAAUAAUCCAUCAAGUUCAACUGGGCAAAUCCCAGAUAGCCCUAUUCCUAUAACAGCCAUGAAAAGUUUACAGGAGACAUGCCCACAAGAUACAGUAGACUCAUCCUCAGAGGUUCCUGAUCUGCAACCUUCAACUCAAUUGGUAUUAUCUGAUCUGGCCACUUCUAAUCAACAACACUCCAUGGAGAUAGUCACCUCUGCUACUCCUAUCCAAGAGAAAGACAAGCUAAUGGAGAUUGAACUCACUCUCCCUUCCAUUUCAAACAUAACUUCCCAGAAGAUUACUUCAAUGCAGAAAGGUAAUAUAGUGACUAGAAUGAGCUCCUGGAAAAG